UGGAGGGAUCGGCAAGAUGUGAGGAAGAGUCUGCGAGGUCUGCGCCGCCGUCUCGACAUCAAAGUCACCUCAACAAUCCGCAAGCCAGCCCCGCAACCAAGAGCCGCUGGAAAGGGCUGCUCCAGCUGAGCGGCUACCACGACCUCGCCCGAGUUGAUCUGAGGCUCGAUUGGAGGGAGGUCUGGAUUGGGCGAGGCGGCCGAUCAACAUCAUUUGAUCCCUCCCCCAAGGCCACAAGCCGUCCUCGUGAAGUGUUCUGUUUCAUUGAGGGCAAGGCUAUCGGAGAAAACAUCGCGGCAUCGUCCUCUGUCAGAAGUCCCAGCCUUCGUUUCGCUCCUGGCCCCCAUCUGCCUCAGGAUCAUCAAAUACACCGCACAUAAUGGCCGCAAAGAGCAAGCGGGUCAUGGUCGAGAAGCGAGACCAAGAGCUGCGUCGGCGUGAAUUUUCACGAGAAGACCUCGUCAAGCAGCUCAACCAGGACGCCCUGUUUCGCAGCAACCUGAGCUCCGAUAGCCGGGUCGAGAACUCGCGCCGACUCCGGAGCCAAAGGAUCAUGGAGGAAGAGCUGAUAACACAAGCUAAGCUCGCGGAGAAAAUGCGAAAGCGAGAAGAAGCGGAUGCCCUCCAGCGCCGGGAGGAGGAGCUCGUCAAGACCAUCGAGGCCAAGCGGCUCGAGCAGAUGCGGCAGGAGAAGCUGCGACAGUCGAUCCGGGAAAACAGCGUCGAGCUGCGCGAGCUCGAAAAGAAGAUCAAGAACGCCUACAUGAACAAGGAGCGAGCCCUGCAGAUCGAGGAGCGGCAUCUCUACAUGGACAAAGAAAAGGAGCAAGAGCAAUCCCUCAUCUCCGUGAUGAACCGCAACCUCGAGGCAGCCAACCAACAGGAGCUCGAGAAGGAAAAACAGGCGUACAUCAAGAGCCGUCAAUACAAGCGUGCUCUCCAGGACCAGCUGGAGGAGCACGAGCACCGAAAGGAGAAGGAAUACGAGCUCUUCCUCAAGGACAAGGAGAUGAUCGACAACAUCAUCCGACGAAUCCAGGAGGAGGACGAGAGAGAGCUCCAGCUGCGUUUGGAGAACCAGCGCGAGACGAAGCAGUUUAUUGAGGACUAUCUCUUGGAGCGGCGCCGCUGGAAGGCCGAGGAAAAGCGCCGCCAGGAAGAAGAAAACCGCAGGAUCGAGGAGUACUCUCGCCUGAAGCGCGAGCGUGAAGACGAGGCGGAACUGAAGAAGCGAGCCCUCAAUGACGAAAAGUCACACAUCUAUGACAAGCUUGCCGCCGAGGUCGAGCGCCAGGAGCGCGAGAAAGCCGAGCUCGAGAAGCUGCGGGUUGAGCUGUUCCAGGCUGAGGAGGAAGAAAAGGCGAGACAGAAGGACCAGGAGCUCCUCGAGACCCGCAUCCGAAAGAGACUGGAGCUCAUCGAUGCCUACCAGCAGCAAGUCAAGAUGAAGCGACAGCGGUUGGAGAAGGCACAAGCAGAGGAGGCCGAGUUCAAGAAAAAGAUGAUGGAAAAGUUUGCCGAAGACGAGAGAAUCGAGCAGAUGAAUGCCCAAAAGCGCCGAAUGAAGCAGCUCGAGCACAAGAAGGCCGUGGACGAGCUCUGCGCCGAGCGCCUGCGGUACUUUCGCGAAGAGUACGAGAAGCAGAUGGAGGAAUAUCGUCGCCAGGAGGAACUCGAGCAGUAUCGCCAGCAAGUUAUCGAGCAGGAGCGCCAGCGACUCUUGCGGGAGCAUGCUACGCAGCUACUUGGCUAUUUGCCAAAGGGUGUUUUCCGAGACGAGCGCGACAUCCAGCUGUUUGACGACGAGUUUAGAAAGAAGUUUGAGUCGCUUUCGGUCAACAAGUAGAAGACUCGCAAGACGAGAAGCGUGGCUCUGGCGCUAAUUCCAACACUUCGAGCUGGACCAUGGGGUCUGCACCAUUUACACCAUAUGUUCCCUUCCCACCUUCCUGUCCUUCGAGUUAUGCCCUAUGUUCGUCCUGGUGAAAUAUAGUGGCUAUCGGCACCAGAUACACCAGA